GAUUCCCAGCAAAAGCAAAAAGUUCAUGAUCAACCGAGAGAUAAAGAGACCGAGCUUAGCAAUGAAACUUGCGUGAGCGCCAUAUCACUGGUUCGUCAUGUCCAGCCACACACGCUGCUUGACCACAAAGGCGCACACGAAGUCGACAUCGUAAAUUGUAGUAGAAACGGCAGCGAUUCCAAAGCACUUGAUUGUACGCACGCGCACGAAGGGCGAGCGAAGAAUAGCACAGAUCAUCUACAUGAUACGAAUUAUACAAUAAGCAAGCAGGAUUUGUUACAUUUGUGUCCAGUAUUGCUCUACCAAAUCGCGUCACCACUGGCGGUCGAGCGAGCAGGGUGCUUAAAUCCGUCACUUCUAGCUCACAUUGAUGGCGUGGAAGCGAGUCGAUUCGACGUCAAAAAAGAGGACAUUAUGUACGUUUGGAUUUACGCAUUUAUAUCGGUUUUCGCCUGUGGAAUUUUGGGCCUGGUUGGCGUAGCGAUCAUUCCUUUUAUGGAUUCUCGGUACUAUAAGUACAUUAUUCAAUAUUUGGUGGCACUGGCUGUUGGAACAAUGACCGGUGAUGCGCUGUUGCAUUUACUACCGCAUUCUUUGGCUGGACAGAGUGAGCAAAAUAUGAUACUUAAGGGACUCGCUUGCAUGAGCGGCAUCGUCUUCUUUUACAUAACAGAACACGGCCUUACCAUGAUAUCAGAGUGGCGCAAACGCAUAGCCAAGAGUGAUACGAAACAGCAAUCGCGCGCAAAGGUGGUACGUGAUCCCGAUUCUUCGGUCAAUAACUCAGUCGCUGGCGAUAAGGUUUGCAAAUCAAAAUACAGCUCUUAUCCUUACUGUUACGAUGAGAUUGCCAUGGACACGAAGAACGACAUGCACCUGCCCGGCUCUAAGUUGAAUAACAUAUCUGAUUUGUCUAGUGAUUUAAUGGGUGUUGGCAAUAAUGUGGAGCGCAAACGCAACGGCAAAGCUGACGCAGACGGAAACGAAGCGGUGGCACAGUCGCUAAUACCUGUGUGGCACCACAACCAUCAAGAUCACCAUCAUCAGCAACAACAGCAUCAGCACCACAUUCAUCUGCCCGACAGCAAUACAAUUUCCACAGAUUUGGAUGGUCAUUCUAUGGGAGGAACGGACGGGCAUAGUCACUCCCUUACCUACAAUCCAACGGUGGCAACUAAUGGAAAUGCCAAAGAGCGUUCUUUGACCAGUGAUUCAGUGCCGACUGUCAUAUUGCGCGAACAUGAAUCUUCGCAUCAUGGACACAGUCAUAAACACGGACACGUACACUCGCCUCCGGAAUCAUUGAGCGCCGUUGUCUGGAUGAUAAUCAUGGGCGAUGGCUUACACAACUUCACCGAUGGCAUGGCAAUAGGCGCUGCAUUUGCAGAGAAUAUUGCCGGUGGCUUCUCGACAUCGCUGGCGGUGUUUUGCCAUGAGCUGCCACACGAACUGGGUGACUUCGCGAUCCUUAUAAAAGCCGGCAUGUCCAUCAAAACAGCGGUAUAUUACAAUUUGUUGACGAGUGUGCUUAGUUUCAUCGGCAUGAUAUUCGGUAUUGUUUUCGGUCAAUCGCCGAACAUAGCACAAUGGAUGUUUGCUAUUGCGUCUGGUCUCUUCAUCUAUAUUGCGCUGGUGGACAUGAUGCCGGAACUGUCAUCAGCUCACAAGACUCUGGAACAAUUUGUGCUGCAAAUACUCGGAAUAUGCACUGGUGUAUUCAUAAUGCUUUUAAUUGCGCUGUACGAAGGAGAUCUAAUGAGCCUGUUUUCUUCAUCGUCAUCAGCAGCGUCGACCACCUCGGGCCAACAACAUAAUCAUUAGUAGGGGGCCCAAAACAUUUUGGAAUGUGUUGAAGUAAAGUAAAGAGAAAACUCACAAGCCGCC